GCGGCACCGAGGGCCGCUCGCAAGAACAGGCCGGGCGAGCGCGCCAGGCUGACGGCGAGGAUGCUGCCGCCGACCGUCAAGGAGGAGAUAUGCUCCGAGGGUGAGGGCGCGAAGGAAUCAGCGGGUUCGGCGUCGGCCCGCGAUGGUCGCAAGAGAGAGGCCAGGAGCGAUGCGCGCGAGGCAGUAGAGCGUAUGCACAAGAGGCUUUCGGAGCGAGUUGAGGGUCGACCUGCGUCGGAGCUGGAGGAGAUCGACGGGGGCCACCAGCGAGCCCUGUCCGAGGCCGAGCGCGCCCUGAAGGAGGCCUGGGCCCUCAAGGCGCGGAUCCGAGAGGUGCGCGGCAGGGGGCAUAAUGUCAUGCGGGAGCUGAGCCCCGCCGAGGGGCAGGAGAG